AUGCUUCUUCACACGCCCAGCGCGGCAGGGAACCUCCACCUCUUCUCCCCCGGGCACCUGCUCAAUCUAUGCGACCAGACUGGCGUGGUCCCCCGCGGAUCGCGCCAUCGCGACUCCAGCUCUGGCACGCAGCAGGCCCCCAACAAGCCCUUCAUCAGGCUGGAGUGGCCCACAGGGACACUGGUGCUAGGGUUUGAGUCUGUCAGCGACCGCGAUGAGGCUGUCGACCUCAUCAAGAAGCUCAGGAAGGCCGCCUACUUUGCUCAGGACAGGGACCUGGAAAAGCUGUACCUGGAACUGGUGGUGCCAGGCAUCCUGCCCGAGCAGGAGUUCUGGGCGGCCCGCGCUUCGCACCUGGCGAGGCUGGGGAACGGGCAAACCGACACUGUGCACUUUAGCCUCACUCCGGAGAUCAUUGCACAGAUCUUCAAUGAACGGCCUGAGGUGCAUCGCGCCUUCCUCGCCAAGGUCCCGCAUGAACUCAACGAAAAGGAGUUUUGGACAGUCUACUUCAAGGAGCAGUACAAGCGUCUAGCAAGGAGACGCAAGGGCUUGGGGCCGGACGAGGAGGAUUUUGAGGACGAGGUGUUUGGCCCAUUUCGACGACAGAUUGCCUUGCAGGAGGCAGCACGGGCCCGCGGCAGGAUGCAGGAGGUGGACCCCACGCUGAACCUGGAGGCGGCCCAGGGAGAGCAGUACGCCAUGCUCCAGCGCUCGGAGGGGGCCGAGGCCGGGCUGGGCGCCGCGGGCUACCUGGCCAAGGACCUUAACAGGCACGCAGCCCUGGUCCUGGAGGGCACCCCCGAGGGCGUGCUGGACCUCGCCGGGGACGGGGACGGCCCCUCCUCCCACGACACGGCCGCCAUCGCCACGCGCCUGGCGGCCUCCCAGGCGGGGGCGUCGCGCACGGCCGCGAGGGAGCCCAGGGGCGAGCCGCUGCGCCAUCGCGACCACGGCCUUGAAGACCUUCGAGGGCCUGAACAGGCACCCUGCCUCCCAUACAUAACUCGUUUCUCUUCUGCGUCGUCCUGGCAGGCUCCCGGCAUCCCGCUCAACAUCCGCGACCCGGCGGCGUACUACCGCGCCGGCGCGCCGGCGGUCGACGGGGCCGCCACUCCGGAGUCCGAGCCCAUGAGCACCCUGCGCGAUCCCGGCGACCACACCCCCACCCCGCUGUCGGCCGUGCUACGGUCCAUUGACCCCACCGCGCUCCCCCUCUGCCCCUGCGACCCCGCGCUCGCCCGCGCUGUGCUGGAGGAGCUGUCCGCCGGCACCGACGCGGGGCUGGCGGCGCGCUUCGGCGCACUGGCGGCGGGUGUGCACGGCCACGUGUACGCGGGGGUGCUGCUCCAGCCGUGCGAGGAGGGCAUCCAGGCCGCCGUGGCGCGGCACAAGGAAGAGGUGGCUGCCUCCAUUGUCCUGGGGAAGGCGGUGCGGGCAUAG